UGAUCACGUACUGGCCGGCGCACAUGUGUUAGGAUGGAGGGCGGUGUAAUUCGCUACUGAAGAACGUUUACACGGCGGCGAAUCCACGAAAUGCGAGGACAUUCACGCCUCAUGGAUCUGCCUUAACAUACCGACCAACUCUGGGCGAAGAUGUGGUGGGAUGAAUCCAGGCAUUAAGUAUUGGAGUGCGUUAAAGCUGGCAUUGAGUCUACUCUGGCAUUCACCAAUAUUUUUCUAAAAGGUCUUUGAAACUAUCAGCCAUGAAGAGCACCAGAACCAGGAAGAAACCUAAGCAAAAAAAAAAGACCAAUAAGCGCGAAAGUGAGGUGGGCCAGAUAAUGGCAGAUGAGACUCGGCAAUUGGUUACAUUUUCUAACUAUCCAAAUAUGAAAAAAGAAAAUUUGGAACACAGGAGCUGGAAUGUAACAAGUCUUCCUGGCACAAAACUUAUAUCUGAAGACGGAAUUGACCCACCAGUCUCCGGAAGCUGCAAUAUUGACAGUGGGAUUUGCUCUGAGGCCAGUCCUCCCUCCAGCGGACGGAGUUCACCAAGCAUUAGUCCAAACACCACUGUUGUGGUUUCCCUGGAUUGUGAAAUGGUCGGGACUGGGGCAGGGGGCUGCUGCGAUGAGUUGGCCCGAUGCAGCAUCCUGGAAUACCAUGGAAAUAUCCUCUAUGACAAUUACAUCAAACCCUGUCAACCCAUCACAGAUUACCGGACACGCUGGAGCGGCAUCCAGAAACAUCACCUAUCCAGCGCGGUGCCCUUUACUGAGGCUAGGAACGAGAUUCUGAGCAUCCUUGAUCAAAAGGUGAUUGUGGGACACGGGGUCUACAAUGAUUUUAAGGUGUUGGGCAUGAUGCAUCCCGCCCAUAUGGUCAGGGACACAAGUGCAGCGCCUCUCCUAACUAAACUUGCAGGCCUGACCCAUCAUCGGCCCGUCUCUCUGAAAACCCUGACUAGUAAGCUGCUCCACAGAAAAAUACAGAGCAGUGGUCUCAGACUUCAGCUGAAAACAUGCAGUCAUUUAGCAUGCCAGUCUUCAGCAGAUUGCACACAGAGCAAAAAGUCCCUCAUUUCAGUGCGGCGUUCAUGAGUCAUUUGGAUGGAACCCAGAGUGGACUUAAAUAAAGUGGAGCGGUGGUGUUCGUUGACUAAACGAAACAGGAGCACGACACUGCACAACAGUUAAUAGAGGCGUCGCAUGUGAACAAACAGCACCUUGGAUGUUUUCGAUUUGCAGUGUGGAACCAAUUGUGUAUUCACACUCUGAUUGUACAGCAAGACAGGAAGUGACACGCAGAAGUGUUUGUUGUGACAGUCCACAAGCAGCACAAGAUGAUUCGCCUAACUCAUUGCGUGAUGAGUGAGAGUAAACAGAAUGCCAGACCGUCUCCGACGUCGCCCGGGUUAACAAGGUCUGCGUCAAAUGCUGAGGAACCAGGGCAUUGUGAUGAGAAGUGGGCUAUCACAACUAGAGAUCGAACAGGUACAACACGUUAAUGCUACGGCAAGGGGGAGCCAGGACGAUGAGUCAUAUGGGGGAGUUAACAUCGACUCCCCCCCUGAGAUUGGCCAAGCCCCAGAACUGAGAGAGGAACUAUUCAUGGCUAAGAUGAGAGCCUGUCAACCCCGGCACACGAUUAGGCUGAUUACAAGAAAGCCUAUGACUCCAUGCCACACUCAUGGAUGUACAAGAUUAACACGACUGUGGGGGCCUUCAUUGCAAACUUGAUGAGGCAAUGGGCAAAGUCCAUCAAAUGUGUCCCCAGGAAUUGGGGUUGGUGAAGUGCGGCCGAAUGGUGGAGGUAGUCCACACAGAAGUGUAAUUGUGGGAGUGUGAGAAGUGUGGAGGCUCACAACAACAAAGUCCGGUGAGCUGAGUUGGCCAAAGGAGGGAAUUCCGGUGUCCAGAGGCUAUAGAAAGGGGCCUAGGAUUAGUAGGCACCAGAGCCACUAUCCAUGACUAUGUCAGGAAGCGCGCGCGCGUGCAAUAUUAACAGUAUAUAUGUGUAUAUGUAUGUACAUGAA